AUGUCUAGCAGGUCUUCCCACGCGGCCGACGAGAACUCGCCGCUCAUCGCCAAUGGCGGUGCCUCGUCGGCCCUCCAAGAUACCCUCGGCCAUGUCCAUGGCAAUGGCAAUGGCAACGGUCACAUCAGCCUCAGCCGAGGCUCAAGCACCAUGACUUUUCUCUUCGACUCGAAGCAUACACCGGGUCUCGAUAACCAUAACUUUGCCCUGAGGCAUCUCGCCUACUCGUGGCAUGUCACCAAGGUGACACUUCUUAGCAGCUAUGUCAAUUUCCUUCUGAUUAUGGUUCCCAUUGGCAUUGUCGCCGGCAAGCUGGGCUGGAAUUCCACCGCCGUCUUCACUAUCAAUUUCUUCGCCAUUAUCCCCCUCGCCGCCGUCCUUUCGUUCGCGACCGAAGAGAUUUCUCUGAAGCUGGGUGAAACAAUGGGUGGUCUGUUGAAUGCUACUUUUGGAAACGCCGUCGAACUGAUUGUCAGUAUUGUUGCGCUCAAGGAAAAGCAAAUCGACAUUGUCCAGGCCUCGAUGCUCGGCUCGAUUCUCUCCAACCUUUUGCUGGUGAUGGGCAUGUGCUUCCUGUUUGGCGGUCUAAUUCAUCGUGGUCAAACUGGCAGUGGUACAGAACAGGUCUUCUCUUCGGCUACUGCUCAGACUACCUGUUCGCUCAUGACACUCUCGUCUGCCUCGCUUGUCAUUCCCGCCGCCUUGUACGCUGUUCUUGACCAGGGCGGCUCCAGGGACAAAGAUCAGAGCAUCCUCACACUUUCGCGCGGAACCGCCAUCAUUCUUCUUCUCCUCUACGUCCUUUACCUCGUCUUCCAGCUUCGCACCCACAGCAACCUUUUCGAUGCCGAGAACCAGAACGCUGGUGGCGAGGGCGAGGAGCCUGAGGAGCCUACCCUUGGCACUGUCAGCGCUGUCGCCGUCCUUGUUGUCACCACCAUCCUGGUAGCCAUCUGCGCCGACUACCUCGUUGGAAGCAUUGAUGACCUUGUCGAGACAUCGGGCAUCAGCAGGGCCUUUAUCGGUUUGAUUUUGAUCCCUAUCGUUGGAAACGCCGCCGAACACGUUACCGCUGUUGUUGUUGCUGUUCGGGACAAGAUGGACCUGGCUAUGGGUGUUGCCAUUGGCUCCAGCAUCCAGAUCGCUCUUCUCGUCACCCCUUUCCUUGUCAUUGUUGGCUGGAUCAUUGGCUCCGAUAUGAGCCUUCACUUUGAGACCUUCCAAACCGUUGCCUUUGCCGUGUCCGUUCUUGUCGUCACCUACACCGUCCAGGACGGCAAGUCCAACUAUCUCGAAGGCGCUAUGCUUCUCGGUCUCUACGCCAUUAUCGCCUUGGCCUUCCUCGUCACCCCAAGUGGCAUCAUCGACGGCAAGAUUGGCGUCUAG